ACAAGGACUCCGAGCCUCAGCCUCGGACUCCGAAGCUAUUGUGGUUCGUAGUACCCUGCUCUGCUUGGAACUCUUUUCUCUGUUAAACUUCCUCGUUGUAUUUUAACUUAAUUAUUCCCCGUCGCCAACUUCAUACCCCUCCCGAUCAAGAACAGACCUUUUCAUUCUUUCUUUCAAGUUUUGAAUUACCGAUUUCCAAGAUACAGUGGUGAUCGUUGCUGCGCAAAUCUUCAACUGUUGAUGCAGGCUUUGAUCUAUUUUUCUCAGUUGACUUUGAGUUCGGGCUUCUUUUGGACUGGAAGCAAUGGCGCAGAGCAAUUGGGAAGCGGAUAAAAUGCUUGAUGUUUAUAUAUAUGAUUACUUGGUGAAGAAAAAAUUGCAUGCCACAGCGAAAUCCUUCAUGACUGAAGGGAAGGUUGCACCGGACCCUGUAGCAAUUGAUGCUCCUGGUGGGUUUCUUUUUGAAUGGUGGUCUGUUUUCUGGGACAUUUUUAUCGCUAGGACCAAUGAAAAACAUUCAGAGCCUGCUGCAGCUUACAUAGAGGCACAACAAAUUAAAGCAAAAGAACAGCAGCAACUGCAAAUGCAGCAGUUGCAACUAAUGCGUCAGGCUCAGAUGCAACGAAGGGAUCCUAAUCAUCCUCCCCUGGGCAGUCCAGUGAAUUCUGUAAAUCCUGAAGGAGUUCUUGGGCAGUCUACUGCAAGUGCAUUGGCAGCCAAGAUGUAUGAGGAACGCAUGAAGCAUAGCAAUCCAAUGGAAUCAGAGACAUCCCAACCACUUCUUGAUGCUAGGAUGGCCCUUUUGAAAUCAACUACUAAUCAUCCUGGUCAGUUGGUCCAAGGAAACUCUGGAAGUGUGACUGCAGCAUUACAGCAAAUCCAGGCACGAAGUCAACAUAACACUGAUAUCAAAGGCGAAGUUAACAUGGCUGCAAAUCAGAGAUCCUUGCCUAUGGAUUCUUCUUCGAUGUAUGCGCAGGGAAUCAUGCAGUCAAAACCUGGAAUAGGAAAUGCAGGUUUGAAUCCUGGAGUUGGUAGCCUUCCGUUGAAGGGGUGGCCUUUAACAGGGAUUGACCAAAUUCGGCCAGGAUUAGGUGCACAAGUUCAAAAGCCUUUCCUACAGAAUGCCAAUCAGUUUCAGCUGUUGCCACAGCAACAACUCUUAGCUCAGGUGCAAGCACAAGGAACUCUUGGUAGUUCACCUAUAUAUGGAGAUAUGGAUCCUCAAAGGUUUAGAGGAUUGUCUAGGGGCUCUAUGAAUGUGAAAGAUGGCCAACAAAUUGGAAAUGAUGGAUCCAUAGGUUCUCCAAUGCAAUCAACUUCAUCAAAGAUGAACAUGCCACAGAUGCAGCAGAGUUCAUCUCAACAACCAGAUCCUUUGCAUCCACAGCAACUGCAACAGAGUAGCCGAAAAAGGAAAGGGCCUUCAUCUUCCGGAGCUGCCAACAGUACUGGCACAGGAAACACACUUGGUCCUUCACCAAACUCUCAGCCAUCAACUCCAUCUACUCAUACUCCUGGUGAUGGAGUUGCAAUGGCGGGUAAUCUGCAGAAUGUUGGCAGUGUGUCAAAAGGUUUAAUGAUGUAUGGUGCAGAUGGGGCAGGUGGUCUUGCAUCAUCCACAAACCAGCUGGAAGACAUCGAACCUUUUGGAGAUGUUGGUUCUUUAGAAGAUAAUGUGGAAUCUUUCCUCUCGAAUGAUGAUGGAGAUGUAAGGGAUUUAUUUGGCGCAUUAAAACGGAACUCUGCUGAGCAAGCUGCUGAGACUUCAAAAGGUUUUUCCUUCAACGAAGUUGGUUCCAUACGUAAAAGCAAUAGCAAAGUUGUCUGCUGUCAUUUCUCUUCAGAUGGCAAGUUAUUAGCCAGUGCCGGGCAUGACAAGAAGGUUGUUCUCUGGAACAUGGAGACGCUGCAGACUGAUAGCACUCCAGAAGAGCACACUUUGAUAAUUACCGAUGUUCGCUUCAGACCAAAUUCAACUCAGCUGGCAACUUCUUCGUUUGAUAAAACUGUGCGACUCUGGGAUGCUGCAAAACCAAACUAUUGCUUACAGACAUAUCAAGGGCACACCUCCCAUGUUACAUCCCUUGAUUUUCACCCUAAGAAGAGUGACAUUUUCUGCUCUUGCGAGGCUAACAGUGAGAUUCGUUUCUGGAAAAUUAAUCAAUAUUCUUCAACCCAUGUUUCCAAGGGAGGUUCCACACAGGUGAGAUUUCAGCCUAGAAUUGGACAACUUCUGGCUGCGGCAACAGAGAAUGUUGUGUCCAUCUUUGAUGUCGAGACUGAUAGGCUGACACACUCAUUACAAGGGCACUCAACAGAAGUGCUCUCCGUCUGUUGGGACACGAGUGGAGAUUAUUUGGCAACCGUGAGUCAUGAGUCUAUCAGAGUGUGGUCAUUAGCCUCUGGAGAGUGCAUUCACGAGCUCAGUUCCAGUGGAAACAUGUUUCAUUCUUGUGUUUUCCACCCAAGUUACUCCACUCUCUUGGUCAUUGGAGGCUACCAGUCUUUGGAACUUUGGAACAUGGCCGUGAAUAAGUGUAUGACAAUUCCAGCUCAUGAGUGUGUGAUAUCAGCUUUGGCACAGUCACCGGUAACAGGGAUGGUUGCCUCGGCUAGUCAUGACAAAUCUGUGAAGAUUUGGAAAUAAGUUUAUUGCCUUUGAUGGAUACAAUUCUGCCA